CUGACGACAGUGGCUGAAAUUCGAAGCGCAGCAAAUACACACGGCGACGCAAGAAGGGCCAAAAUAAACAGCAACAGCAACAGGGGCAGUCGACAAAACGGAUUUAUUAAAUGCACAUGCAUAUUUAUUUAUAAACUUGUUAGCGUACGCAAACGUGUUACAAAUGCGCUUCCGUUGCAGUCGGAACGCCGCCGCAUCUUCUCGUCCGUGCUAAGUGUGCCCAAGUGCAAUUAUCGAGCGCAGUCGCCUGCCGCCUCCUUCGUUUGUUGUUGUUGUUGCUGUUGUUAUUUGCAUUUGUUGUUUUUGGGUGCUAAUAUUUUAUGUGUGUGUGUGUGUCCGUGUGUUUCUGCCAGUUGGAAAUUCUAUUCAAUUCUGGUGCGGAAAUUAAGUCGUGUAUCGCCGUGUCUCUCUGUGCAUGUGUUCGUGUGUGUGAAAGAAAAAGGUGAAACAAAAAAAGGCGCAGUUGCGGCUGCCGCCGCUGGUUGCCGUCGCCGCAGCCGCAGAACCGCGUACCGUAGCAUUCGUAUGCAAGAAUUGUCGUUGUCGUCAUUAUUAUUGAGCGUCGGCGUCGACGUCGCCAAUGCCGCCGCCGCGUCCGGUUUAAAUUCAAUCAAGCGGCAAGCGAAAUAAAGCAAACGAUAAAUUAAAUAAAACAUUGCCAACGUCGCAUUGUUGUUAUUACAAUUGUUGCUGUUGUUGUUAUUGCGCUGUUGUUCUACUGCUUCUUCUUCGUACUCCUCCGCUGCGCUGUUGCUAUUGCCUAUUGAACGAAGCUUUUUGCCGCCCAACUACCUCGCCCGCCUGGCGCACCGUUAGCUUAACGAAACUCGUGCGAGUGCAUUCAACUCACGCACGAGCACCGAGCAACAACAACAACAUUAACAUUUACAGCUACAACAACAAGAACAGCAGUCAAAAUGCUGCAGUCUCUGCUGUGAAUUAGCAUACAGAACUGAACGAAACUUUUGUUAAGCUUAAGCCGACUGCGCCGCCGCCGCCGCCGCCGCUAACCGCAAUGCUUGCUAACGUGCCGUCAACGUCGAGUGCUGUAUCUGCGUCUGCUGCUGCCUCCGCCGCCGCCACAGCCGCUGUCACAGCAGAUAGCUGUGAUGAGCGCACACGUCUGCUGGGUAGCGCAUCGACGCCAACGCCGCCGCCGCUGUCGCUGUCGCCGUCGCCACCAAAAACGUUGACGCUGCCGCUGGUCCAUGCAGCGACGCAUCCGUCCCGCAGCAGCAGCAGCAGCAACAGCAACAACAACAAUCACAGCGGCAGCAAUAGCAACAACAACGACAACGAUCUGGAGGCCAGCAACAACAAUUACAACAACAACGACAACAAUCGCAGCGACGUGGACGACCUGUCCGAGGAGACGGCCACCACGGCCGGCGCGGCCGACUCUAGCGAUCAAAGUGAUAAAUUCAACCGCCCGCCCACCCACAAUCAGAAAAAGCCCAAGCUAAGCAAGCUGGGCACUAAAAGCGUUGGACUCAAACGCGUGUCGUUCGGCUCUUCGAAAGGCUCCAUGGUUGAGACUUUGGUGUUUGAGACGCCGACGCCGCUCUCUGAGCACGUGGAGCCGAGCUUUGGUUUCGAUGCGGCCGACGCCGCUGCUGCGGCCGCUGCCGGCGCUGCUGCUGGUCAGCCGCUGCUGGCAGCAACUGCAACAGCGGCGACGCAUUUACCGCUAAUCGGCAGCAAUUACGCCACCUACGGUGACUAUGCAAAACUGAAUAUGGACGACAGCGGCAUCGAGGUGCAGGAAGAAUCGGAGCGUUCGAUAGUGCGCGUUUCAAUUUACCAAAGCAGUCAACCGCAACAGAUUUGUCCGCCAGCCGAGUAUACAUUAACGAGUUUUUCAGAUAAUUUAGAUAAUACGUUUAGUAGCUACAAUUGUAACAUAGAUUUUACGCAAAUUGCGGCGGCAACGAUGCAGCCAACCGUUGGCCUGGGACCAGCCUAUGAUAGACAGCAGAGCACUGAUUCCGGUUGGGAUAAUCCGUUUCGUCCGGGCGGCGAUUUAUCCAGAGAGGCUGAUGAAAUUGUUAGCAUGAUACGUGGCGGCAAGCCCAUCACGCCCACAGAGGAUCGUACAAUAGGCAACGGCAACGCACAGCAUGGCGACGAUAACUGUAAUGGCGCUACGGCAACAGGCGAGACAGUUACCAAAACAAAUCUCUCGCAGAAUCAAGCGACAGCACAAAACGGUACAAAUUCCCAUGGCAGCAAGGUGGGCGGCUCGACUGGAGUGGGUGGAGCAGGCGGCAAUGGGGUGGCCAGCGGAGCGGUAGCCGGCAAGGGAGAUAGCAAUAAUGGCGUCACUUCGCUGGCUCAAGUCUCAAAGCAGGUGGUGCCCGGACCCACUUCGGCUAGUCACGUGGUCAUCGACGAGAAGAAGAACAAGAAAAAGGGAUGCUGUGUGGUGCAAUAAUCAACGAGAAACGAGGAACGAGGAACAGCAAACAGCGAGCGAAAGCAGAAAGAGAAGCAAAA